AUGGCAACUGUGCUUUCACAGGGCUCAAGUGACCUACUUCAAACUGUUCAGUACUUUCUUACUUGGUCACCCCCCUCUACUGGGGCCAUUUCCAGGUUUGUGGGAUUAAAGGUUACGCCGAUGACUGGUUUGUGCAUGUAUGCUUUCAUCAUACACUUCAGUUCACCAGUCAGCUGCCGCGGUAUAUGCACAUACCGCGCAAAAUACAGUCACCUUAGCAAGUCAUCGAAGCGUGUGCGGGCAUGUGAAGCCAAUGCAGUCGGUGCACUUUAGGCAAGCCGUGAUUUAGUGCAGGCUGUAGGGCUCGCCGUUGUCGGGUUCAUCCGCCUCCUUGGAGAACUGCACCACACUGAGUGCAUUUUAAUUCACCAGCGCAUCAAAAACCCAUGUAAAAAAUUCAUACCAUAUGAGUAGACAUUUUUUUACCGGGUGUCGACGUGCAGGCGGCCAGAAAGAAGCCCAUUUAAAAGUUGGCAUCCUGGCGCGACUGAAAUAUCUUGGGAUUACGUUACACACUAUUUAAUGUAGGGUCCCCACCGGUCAGACCGCAGUUCGUAGCCCGGAAUGAGGAAGCUAACCUAACACUAAAACCAUAACUCUAAUCGUAAAACCCUAACCAAAACACUGACCCUAGAACCUAACCCUAACCUUAAUCCAAAAAUCCUGACCCUAACCCUAAAACCUAGGCCUAAACUUAACCCUAAACCCUAAAACUAUUACCCUGACUCUAACCCUCAAACCCAGUCUUAAACCUAACCCUAAAACCUAAACCCAGCCCUAACCAGGGAAUUUAACCCUAACCCUGACCUUAAUCCGGAACCCUAACCUUAUCCCUUAAACCUAACUCUACAACCAUAGCCCCAAAACGCAAACCCUAACCCUAAGCCCUCACUAAGUUCAACAACCUGACCGAAAGGGGCGACGUGCCUAACUCACUAGAAACACACCUACUGAUGACAAGUUUCCUCGACAAGGCAAACGCACCUACUGAUUACAAAUAAGCAUCUCGACAGUAUCAACUCAUAAUGUCUGGCUACGAGAUGGGAUCUUACCUCUCCACAUAAGUGAUCCUUCCUAAUCGAAAGCACAUUUCAGAAUUCCGAUUGACAUUUCAUGAGAUGGGCCAGCUACCGUCGUCUGUGGACGUUCGGGCUGGCGAACAGAUCUCACUCCCUUUCCCUGUUUCCUUUCAUUCCAGAGUGGGCGCAACAAGUGUGCACUCACAGUGCGCAGAUGGGCUACUGUAGCCUGCCGAAGACGUGAAUAACUGGGAUCCAUAAGGCUAGGAAAUACGGCUCUAUAGGUGCACGUAAAGAGUUCUACAAAGUGGAUCGAAACAGGGGAACGUCCUAGCACUCAGACUCCAUGAGCGCUGAGUGAAAAUCAAUUUGAGAAGUAUUUCCGACAAGUACAAGCCACACGGAAAUGACUACUUCUGACCUAAUUACCGUUAAUAACUAAUGAUAUCCAAGCCCCACUCCGGGCACAGAAGUUGUGAGCUCUAGUCAGAUGAUCAGUGAGCACUUGGGAAGCAAACCCUUAUCCCCACUGUUACAGAAUACUACGGCAUCGGCUAGAAUCGGAGCCAAACGGGAGAGGCGUCUGCCACAGAAAUGCGCAUUUCUACUCUAGACGAUGCCAGUCCUUUAAUAGAGCAUUCCGAAUAUACUUCUUAGAGCAAUUUACCUUUUUUGAUAAAUUGUUGUUCUACACUUUCCUGCCCACCUUGAUCUAUCUUGCUGGAUCGCUCUUAGCACGCUUCGUAGGCCACAUUUCUGUCCACAACGCCUGCGUCCUCUUCUAAUGACUUCAAGGUUGAUGACUGUUCAUAUGUCUGCUAUCUUCCCCUGUGACAUAACAAUGCUGUUGAUCCUGGCUAAGUAGAGAAGGAUGGAUUUGCGGUACGAAGGUGUGACCGUCGCGGAGGUCGACGUCCACCGCUGCCGCAGAUUGUUCCAGAAGCAGUGACUUGUACCUGAAGUAGUUUAUAGUGAGGUGGACUUGCACUGAACCCAUCGCACACUCGUUGUUCACCCAUCGCGUUUCGGAAGGAAGACGACUGGAGGUGAACGUAGGCUGAGUUGCUAGCAAAGUUAAACAGAUCGUCAUCUUGGGCACACGCGACGUGGCCCUCAUUUUCACUGUACCAGACAACCAUGAAAGCGGCUGGACAUAUGAGAGAAUAUCAUAGGGAUCAUAUCAUAGUCCGACCCUCAGUCCGGAGAAGGACUAAACUGUCCUGUCUGCCGGCAGCGCGAUGAUUGAAGGUCCUAGAGGGAGACGCGUCUGUUAUGAUCCGACAAGUAGGUGAAACAGAAAGAGAGCCGGUUAGGGAAACAUGUACUUGACUGACAGCCUUUGAACACGAGAGGCUACAACUCGUCAGAAAGACGCCUUGUUUAUAUUUAUCCCUGUGCAUUCUGCAACAUUACGACCGGUGCUGUGCCGGUCGCGGACUGGCCAUCGCGUGCGCGAGAAUCCCACCGGGGAAAAGUCUCGAAUAUUCGGCCAGUUAUUGGUUGGGUGGAGCGCGUGAGCAAGGCCAUCCCGUGUGCUCGAUACUUCAGCGCACGCUGAUUGUCUGUCCAAGUUAACAUGCUGUGGCCGGCUUGGCCCGCUGCAGAGCCACGGCCUAUGGCAUCGCCCUUUCGCCAUACUCCAUGACUCUGCACCAUUUCCGCUCUCCGUAACACAGCCGGCUUUUAAAAAGUGUACCUCAUACUUCCUUUUUCUUCUUCUUCUUCUUCUUCUUCUUCUUCUUCUUCUUCUCCUUCUUCUUCUUCUUCCCCUUCCUCUUCCUCUUCUUCUUCUUCUUCCUCUUCUUCCUCUUCUUCUUCUUCUUCUUCUUCUUCUUCUUCUUCUUCUUCUUCCUCUUAUUCUUCUUCUUCUUCUUCUUCUUCUUCUUCUUCUUCUUCUUUUUCUACUUCUCCUUCUUCUUUUUCUCCCCCUCCUGCUCCUUCUUCUUCUUCUUCUUCUUCUUCUUCUUCUUCUUCUUCUUCCUCUUCAUCAUCAUCAUCAUCAUCAUCAUCAUCAUCUUCUUCUUCUUCUUCUUCUUCUUCCUUUGGGUCCACGACCAGUCUUCUGGGGAGGGAGGGUAG